GAAAGAAAUCUGCAAAGGGCUGGCUUGUGUUGAUCCCUCACGACUCCCUGGCUGGGGUCCGAGAGAUGGUGCUACACAGUGGCUAGAGACCUUAUCAGAUAUGGCUCAGAAUAGAAGCCAGUGGCGAUCCUGCUGUAACCUUCUUUUAUUUUCUUCAUAAAAAGUGAUUUCUUCUGAUUGUGCCUUUUCGUUUCCCCCAUUAUUACUACGCUACCUUACCUUAUUUUGUUCGUUAUUGCUCUUUUUUGACACUCCUCACCUUUUUCCUUCUCCUCUUCAAAUUCCCAUGGUUUUGUGUGGCGCAUAUAUAUUUGGUGCCCCUUUAUACCAAUAUUUAUGUGUUCAAAUAAAUAAAUAAUACUCAUAGUGACUAUUCAUUUUAUUUAAAACAUAUUGACACGUUUAGAAAUGUCAAACCGAAAGUAUUUUAUGAUUUCUUACUGUUAUCUAUUCACCAAUAGGUAUAGGUUUAUUCGUUCGUCUUUGAGCCGUACUUUUUGUAUGAUAGCCUAUUCUACUGAAAUGCUCAAAGAGAACUAGUGAAAGUAGGAUAUCAGUCCGUUACCUGUAAUACCCUUUCCAUUCAAUCGUCAGUUAAUGCACAAUUCUCUGGACAAUAUUUUAUUAGGACACUGUUUUUUUUCUACUAAAUAUACUGAGAUAUAAAAACAUUUCGCCUUGAAACUUUCAUAGACGAAAGGAAAAUCUAUGCUAACACCAAAAGAUGGCUGUAUUUUUUGCUCCAUUGCUUACGGAAAGACAAAUCAAACAAUCUGUUUCGAAACCAAUGAUUUAGUGAUAUUUCAUGAUCACCUACCGAAAGCUCAGUAUCACUUCCAAUGUGUUCCUAAAAAGCACAUAAGGAACGCUAAAUAUUUGACCUAUGAAGAUAUACCACUAGUUAUGGAUAUGAUGAAUUGCGGAAAGAAUUAUCUCAUUAGUCAAUUGAAAUUGGACCCAGACGAUUUCUUGUUUGGAUUUCAUUGGCCACCAUUCAAUAGUGUCCAUCAUUUACACAUGCACAUCCUUGGACCUAAACAACUUAUGAGCUUUAAUCUAAUGUUUGAUCCGCGGUUUCAUAUUUUCCGAAAGGUUGAGAGAGUUUUGGACGAUUUAAAAAAGCUCAAAAUUGAAAGGAAGAAGUGAAAUAGGUCGACCUCAAGCAGUCCAAUGAAUAACUCAAUAUUUAGUUGGCUUCGUUUGCGUGCUUUCAUAUUUUCUUUUCUAUUUUGCUGAUCAUCAAAUCAAUGUAGAUAGUUCUUUUUUACCGUGCUUUCGAAUCAUGUAAUUUGAUAUACAGUCUACUAUUUCUCAGAACAAUCUUAAAAGCCGUUGUGAUAUUCUUUCGACAAAAAGUAUGUUUUCAUUAUUUUAUCAGAUGCGAUUCUCAAUGAAUUAUAUUUUCUAUGAUAUCUUU